AUGUUUUUCAGGAUUAAAAGCAUCAGAUUGGAUUUUGAAGACUUGAUCUCCAACAGUUUUGAAAUCAGAUCAGAGCUUCCUGCCAUCUACCAGCUGAGAACAAAGAAGGAGAAGUUUGGAACUCUGACCAGAGUCAUUUAUGGUCAGAAAUAUGUGAAGAAGCCAAACAGAACCAUCUUACUUGUUGGUGAAACAGGAACAGGAAAGUCUACUCUGAUCAACGCUCUGGUCAACUAUGCCAUGGGGGUGAAGUUUGAGGAUGAAGUCUGGUUUCAGAUUGUAGAAGAAGAGAAGAGAAGUCAGAAAGAGUGCCAAACCUCAGAUGUGAUCGUCUAUCAGAUCUUUGAAGGUCAAACUCUGCCGUUCUCUCUGACCAUCAUCGAUACUCCUGGGUUUGGAGACACCAGAGGGAUUGAAUAUGAUUUGAAUAUCAGUCAGAGAUUGUUAGACUUGUUUAGAUCGGAGGAUGGAGUUCAGGAGAUUCAUGCAGUUGGUUUGUUGAUAAAGGCAGCUGAGAACCGACUGAGUGACCGUCUGAAGUACAUCUUUGACUCAGUGAUGAAUCUGUUUGGAAAAGACGUGGAGAAAAACAUUGUAGCUCUGGUCACUCACUCAGAUGGAACAACACCUGAAAAUGCUCUAGAAGCUCUUGAAGUUGCAGAUAUUAAAUGUGCCAAAGAUGGAAACAAUCAGCCUGUUCACUUUCUGUUUAACAAUCAACAGAAGACAGAAAAAAACACAGCAGAGAAAACGGUUGCUUUGAAGCAUUCCUGGGAUUUUACUGAAGAACAAAUACAAAACUUCACCACCUACUUAGACAGAUCCAAACCUAAGACACUAAGAACAACCGUGAAGGUUCUGAAAGAGAGGAUCAGACUGACUGCCUGCAUCCAGAACCUGAAUGAGAGAGUUGAGCUGAGUGAAAAGAAACAGAAAGAGAUUAAACAGAUGCAAGAAGCUCUAGAGAACAAUGAAAAAGAGAUGAAGAAUAAUGAGAACUUUACUGUAGAGAUUGAUGAGACCUAUAAAGACAAAGAACCAAUUAGUGGUGGGAUGUGGUGGUGGAUGCCUUUUUAUGAAGGAGCUGUCUGUUGCACUCAAUGCAAAGAGAACUGCCACUACCCUGGAUGUACGAUGGCCUGGUAUCCUCAGCACUGUGAGGUCAUGAAAGAAGGUCGCUGCACAGUUUGUACAGGAAAAUGUCCUGCAUCAGUUCAUUUGAAAGAGAACUGGAAGUAUGUGACCAAAACCAGAAAAGUUCAGAAGACUCUGGAUUACCUGAAGGAGAAGUAUGAAAAAAAUAAAGCUGAAUGUGAGAUCAAGUCAAGACUUUUGGGAAAGCUUGAAGAGGAAGCCAGGUGGCUGUCUGCAAAAAGAUCAAUGUAUCUGGAUGAAGCAUAUCAACAUGCUGACAGACUGAACCAAAUCGGCCUCAACGAUGCACCAGUUUCUACUUCUGUCCACCUGGACUUCCUACAUGAAAGAUUUAAGGAGAAAAGAGACACCCAGAAGAUUGAGAAGCUGAAUGAGAUGAAACUAGCUGGUGGGCGGAGGAGAAUUAAAGUCUCAGGAGGGGAGGCAGAGUCUGACGACGGAGGGUCUCUGGAGGAGGCCGACGGUGACGCCGUCUCUGACGACGGAGGGUCUCUGGAGGAGGCCGACGGCGACGUCGUCUCUGACGACGGAGGGUCUCAGGAGGAGGCCGACUGCGACGCCAUCUCUGACGGCGGAAGGUCUCUGGAGGAGGCCAACGGCAGCUGA